UAGAAAGUAUUCGGGGAAGCCCCGGAAACCCGGUUAUAUCGAUUAAUCCCAGUACAGUCGCAAAUCACCACUAAACCAUUAACCACCACAAUGUCUCCUGUUUUCCACCGGCUCUCUUUUAAUUCCAGAAAGAAGAGAACACACAUCAAAGCAUUUGAAGAGUCCACAGUACAUGAAUGCAGUGCAGCCGUGUGCCGUGAGGGCGGAGUCAGGUGUGAGGGGAGAAGGGGAGAGGACGUCAUGUUGAGGAAACGAAACCUAAACUCCAUAGAAAGAUUAAGCCAGCCGACGUGGAAGCAAUUCUCUCGUUCAGGCGAAAAGAAAACGCAUUUUGGAAAAAAAUAGUCCGCCAGACAGAAGCAAGGAAUGGCCUCUGCUAACACUUCCUGGUCUGAGGAGAACUUUUCAUGUUCCAUCUGUCUGGAUGUGUUCAGCAGUCCAGUUUCCACACCAUGCGGACACAACUUCUGCAGAACCUGUGUUACAAAGUACUGGGAUGAACAAGUCAAGUACAAAUGUCCGGUUUGCAACAAGAUUUUCAAUAUAAGACCUGAUUUACAGGUCAAUACCUUCUUAUCAGAGCUGGCUGCCCAGUUUAGAUUGUCUGUACGAGUAAAAGAGCAGCCUUGUGUUGGACCAGCAGAAGUUCCCUGUGAUGUCUGUACUGGGACCCAGCUGAAGGCAGUGAAGUCCUGUCUAGAGUGCUUUAUUUCAUUCUGCCAAACCCACCUGGAGCCACAUCAGAGAGUCGCAGUCUUGAAGAAACAUCGGCUGGUCGAGCCUAUGGACCGUCUGGAAGACCGGAUGUGUAAGAAACACAACCGACUUCUGGAGCUCUUCUGCCAGACUGAACAGGCGUGUGUGUGUCAGUUCUGCACAGAGACAGACCACAAGUCCCAUCCUGUUGUACCUCUAAAGGAGGAAUAUGAAGUGAAGACGGCCCAGCUGGGGAAGAUAGAGGCUGAAGUCCAGCAGAUGAUCCAGGAGAGACAAAAAAAUAUUCAGGAGAUUAAAGACACUGUUAAACGCAGCAAAGCAGACGCAGACAGAGAGAUUGCCGAUGGUGUGCAGGUCCUCACAGCUCUGAUGCGCUGCAUUGAAAAGUGCCAAAAUGAUCUGAACCAAAUGGUUAAAGAGAGACUGAAAUCCACAGAGAAACAAGCUGAAGGCCUCAUCAAAGAGCUGGAGCAGGAGAUAGAAGAUCUGACUAAUAGAAGCUCAGAGGUGAAGCCGCUCUCACACACCAAAGACCACCUCCACUUCCUCCAGGCCUUCAGAUCGCUGAAGACUCCUCCACCCACCAGGGCAUGGACGACGGUGGAGGUCCGACCUCCGUCAUACGUAGGGAUCUUGAGGAGAUCCCUGGAUCAGCUGGAGGAGACACUGAACAUGGAGAUGAAAAAGCUGCAUGGUGCUGAACUGAAGAGGGUCCAGCAGUAUGAAGUAGAUGUGACUCUGGAUCCUGAUACAGCUCAUCCCCAGCUCAUCCUGUCUGAGGAUGGGAAACAAGUACAUCAUGGAGAUGAAGAGAAGGAACUCCCGGACAACCCUAAGAGAUUUACAAAGUGUAUAUAUGUUCUCACGAGGCAGAGCUUCUCCUCAGGGAGAUUUUACUUUGAGGUCCAGGUUAAAGACAAGACUGAAUGGUAUUUAGGAGUGGCCAGAGAGUCCAUCGACAGAAAAGUUGGGAUCAUAGAGACCCCUGAAAAUGGUUACUGGACUCUUUGCUACGAUGAGGGUGGGUUGGUAUAUAAUGAUAACCGUGAUGUCCGUCUCCCUCUGAGUGCUGAGCUCCAGAAGGUGGGGGUGUUUGUUGAUUAUGAUGAGGGUCUGGUCUCCUUCUAUGAUGUGGAAGCCAGGGUUCAUAUCUACUCUGCUACUGGCUGCUCCUUUACUGAGCCUCUCUAUCCAUCCCUCUGUCCGUGUUUAUAUCAAGAAGGUACGAACUCUGCCCCCCUGAUCAUCUCACCUGUCAAUCAAACACACUAGGACCUUUGUCAACCAAAACAACUGAUGUUGUUCCCUGAAUUCAGAAUCUCCUCUAUGUGAAAUCUGUCCGAACUGUAUUCGUAUCGUACUUUUCACUGUCAUUAAACAAGGACCAAUAGCCACUAAUACUGUGUACUAUAAACAAUAUUACCCAUUAUAACUUUUAAGACUACCCUAUAAUGUUCAAUGUCUUUUUAUCUGAAUUGUUUUUAUACUUUUAAUGCUAAAAAUAAUGUGCAAGUACAUAAUGUGAAAUGUUAAAUUUGAUACAAUUAUCAAGUCGUUUUUUAACGUUAACCAAAUAUAUUCCUUUAUUAUUUUGAACCAUGUUUGACAACACAAUACAAUGUUUGUAAACUUUUGAGAUUUGAAUAAAAAUGUACUUAAAGUAGAAUGGGGACAUCUUCUGUGGAAUAGGUACAUUCUCAGUACAAUAUGUAUUCAGUGGAAUAGGUACAUUCUCAGUACAAUAUGUAUUCAGUGGAAUAGGUACAUUCUCAGUACAAUAUGUAUUCAGUGGAAUAGAUUCAUUAUCAGUACAAUGUGUAUUCAGUGGAAUAGGUUCAAACUCAGUACAAGAUGUACUGAGUGGAAUAGGUAGGCCUACAUUUUCUGUACAAUGUUGUGGGUUUUAUGCUGAUGUGUGGUUGAGGCAUCCUCACCUGGCCGAGUCAGACUGAUUGGACUCUGGGGCCGGCUGAGGCUGCACACCUGUUGUCCAUUGAGUAAUCAAUGUCUCAACCACCAGGGGGAGCCCUUGUUCUGUAAACGCUGCAAACCUUUCAAAAUCAAAUCACUGAACAAGGGUCUCAUUUAUAACCGUUGCGUACACACAAAACGGGGCUGAAAUUGGCGUACGUGACUUUCCACGCCAAGGUUGUGAUCUAUAAAAAACCAACUUGACGGGAAAAUGUGCGCAGCCCUAAGCAAACUCUGACCCAUGCGUACGCAUGGUUUGGAGGAAAAGGAGAAUUGGCGACACAGAUGGUGUGGUGGUGAACUGAAGUCAGA